AUGCAGGAGAAGCUGGCCCUCAUGCUGCACACGCUGACGGGCGAGGCUGAGGGCGGCGGCAUGGACGGCGGCGACUUUGACGGCCCGCGGAGCCCGGACAUGAACAUGGACAGUCAGGGCUGGAACGACCAGGGCUACACGACGCCGUACAACGGCGGCAACCAGACGGCGUGGGGCGGCGGCGGCUCGGCGACGACGCCGUACAACAACGCGACGCCCUACGGCGCGUCGGGCCAGUCCGGCGGCUGGAACUGA